UGUUGCUGUUUUGUGGGUUGGUGGAACAGAUUUUUGUGUAUUUUCCGUAAAUUUCAUUAAAAUAAUUACGAAAUUAUCAAUUAAAAUUGUUUAAAGAUGACUUUAAUAAAACGCCUAGUCAAUAGCAAUUUAGUUACGCGUUUAAAUAACUUAAAAACAUUGAAGCAAAAUGGUUAUUGCACUCACCUGAAGUUUGCUGAACACAAACCCAUUGAGAAAAUACGUAAUAUUGGUAUUUCCGCCCACAUUGACAGUGGCAAGACCACAUUGACAGAGCGCAUUUUGUUUUACACCGGCCGCAUUGCCCAAAUGCACGAGGUGAGAGGUAAAGAUAAUGUUGGCGCUACCAUGGACUCUAUGGAGUUGGAAAGACAAAGAGGUAUUACAAUUCAAUCGGCCGCUACUUAUACAAUUUGGAAAGACAUCAACGUUAAUAUAAUUGAUACACCCGGUCAUGUGGACUUUACCGUGGAAGUAGAGAGAGCUUUGCGUGUUUUGGAUGGUGCAGUUCUGGUGUUGUGCGCUGUGGGUGGUGUCCAGAGUCAGACAUUGACGGUCAACCGACAAAUGAAACGUUACAAUGUGCCCUGUAUUGCUUUCAUAAACAAACUCGAUCGUACGGGUUCAAAUCCCUACAGAGUGCUGUCGCAAAUGCGCUCGAAAAUGAAUCACAAUGCCGCCUUCAUACAGUUGCCAAUUGGUUUGGAAAGUGAUUGCAAGGGUAUUAUAGAUUUGGUGGGCAAUAAGGCCAUCUAUUUCGAUGGAGACUAUGGCACCAAGAUACGUUACGAUGAAAUACCCCAAGAUAUGCGCACGGAAUCGUCUGAAAGACGUCUAGAACUUAUCGAACAUUUGUCGAAUGUCGAUGAGACCUUGGGAGAAAUGUUUUUAGAGGAAAAGUCGUUGACAGAAGACGACAUAAAGGCGGCUUUGCGCAGAAGCUGUAUUAAACGCACCUUCACACCAGUUAUGGUGGGCACAGCUUUGAAAAAUAAGGGUGUCCAACCCCUGUUAGAUGGCAUUGUCGAUUAUCUUCCCAAUCCUGGAGAGGUGGAAAAUCUUGCCUUUAUUGAGGAAGAGGGCAAAGAGCCUCAAACGAUUGUUUUAAAUCCAGCCAGAGAUGGCAAAGCUCCUUUUGUGGGUUUGGCUUUUAAAUUGGAAGCUGGUCGUUUUGGUCAACUAACAUAUCUGAGAUGUUAUCAGGGUGUUUUGCGCAAAGGUGACAACAUCUUCAAUGCCAGAACAGGUCGUAAGGUACGUUUAGCUCGUUUAGUACGUUUGCAUUCCAAUAAUAUGGAGGAUGUAAAUGAGGUAUAUGCUGGCGAUAUAUUUGCCUUAUUUGGCGUCGACUGUGCUUCUGGUGAUACAUUCACAACCAAUCCAAAAGAUGGUCUAUCUAUGGAAUCUAUUUUUGUGCCCGAACCUGUUGUCUCAAUGGCUAUUAAGCCCAACAAUCCCAAGGACAGAGACAAUUUCGCCAAGGCUGUUGCCAGAUUUACCAAAGAGGAUCCCACCUUCCACUUCUACUUUGACAAUGAUGUUAAGGAAACUCUGGUUUCCGGCAUGGGUGAAUUACAUUUGGAAAUUUAUGCCCAACGUAUGGAGCGUGAAUACAAUUGUCCUGUGACCCUAGGCAAACCUAAGGUAGCUUUCAGAGAAACCAUGAUUGCACCUUGUCAGUUUGAUUAUUUGCAUAAGAAACAAUCUGGCGGUUCGGGUCAAUAUGCUCGUAUUAUUGGUGUAAUGGAACCUUUGCCACCUCAACAAAACACUUUGCUUGAGUUCAAUGAUGAAACUGUGGGAACCAAUGUGCCUAAACAAUUUGUGCCUGGUGUAGAGAAGGGCUUCCGCGAAAUGGCCGAAAAGGGCAUGUUGUCCGGCCAUAAGCUAUCGGGUAUACGUUUCCGUUUACAAGAUGGUGGUCAUCACAUUGUGGAUUCCAGUGAAUUGUCUUUCAUGUUGGCUGCUCAUGGUGCCAUUAAAGAGGUGUUCCAAAACGGUUCCUGGCAAAUUCUUGAACCCAUUAUGAUGGUGGAGGUAACUGCUCCCGAAGAAUUCCAGGGUGCUGUUAUGGGUCAAUUGAGUAAAAGACAUGGUAUUAUAACUGGUACAGAUGGUACCGAAGGUUGGUUUACCGUUUAUGCUGAAGUUCCUUUGAACGAUAUGUUCGGUUAUGCUGGAGAAUUGAGAUCCAGCACCCAAGGUAAAGGCGAAUUUACUAUGGAAUAUUCUCGCUAUUCUCCCUGCUUGCCAGAGGUUCAAGAGCAAAUUGUGCGACAAUAUCAAGAGUCUCUGAAUGUGGGACAAACCGAAAAGAAGAAAAAGAAGAACUAAUUUUUAAUUUAAAUCAGUCAUUCAUGUUAUAUUUAAGUCGAAUAAUUAUUUAGUAAACAAUACAAUAACCAACUAUAAAAAACAAACGUUAAUAAAAUUUAGCAAUUUUUUGUACAACUGUGAUAUACAAAAAUAUGAAAUAAA